AUGGAUAAGAAACAUAAUAGAGCCAAUAUAGUCUGGACACCUCUAACAUCAGGAAACUUCAAGAUUAAUUUUGACGGAGCUAGCCAAGGUAAUCCAGGUAAAUCUAGAUACGGUGCCAUUAUAAGGAACGAAUUUGGCAACUUUGUUGGGGCAAAUUAUGGCCCAUUGGGAAUUAAUACAAACAACAUGGCAAAAAUGACAGGGUUGUUAGCUAGGUUGGAAUGGUGUGUGGACCAUGGCAUUCAGGAUGUAGAAGUUGAGGGAGAUUCGCAAAUUAUUCUGAAUGGGAUUUCAAAACAGAAUUUUGAAAAUUGGAAAUUGGAGGUGAUACGCCCCAAAAUCCAAAGAAUAUGCGAAAGUUUAAACAAGUUCACCUUUAAACACAUCUACCGAGAGGGCAACUCGAUGACGGAUUGGCUGGCUAACAGUGGUAUCGACUGUGAUGGCCCUACACAGUUGACAGAAAAGGAGGAGCUACCGGAUGGAUUGGUAGAGAUCCUUGCUGCAGACAAAAUCAGAUUUCCUAAAACUGGAAUCGGAUGA